GCGGCGCAUCCCAUCGCAACCACCAUGGCGUUCAUGACCAACGAAGAUCUCAAGAUCGCCUUCUCCAUAUUCUGCUGCGUCUGCGGUGUCGGGUCCCUCGGCCUCCCGGGCAACUACGCCAAGGCCGGCUACAUCUGGGCCUCGGUGGCCUUCAUCUUCAUGGCCGCCGCCAACACGUACGCCACGUGGUGCAUCGCCAAGGUCAUGCUCGUCGCGCCCGCCAACAUCUUUACCUUCGGGGACCUCGGCGAGUGGGUCAUGGGCAAGCCCGGUCGUUGGAUCACGACGGUGCCGCAAGCUAUCAUGUGCACGUUGCUUCCGAUUGUCUUUUUGGUGCUCGGCGGCUCGCUCCUCGUCGUGCUCUUCCUCGACUCGUUUGCGCAGUCGACGUGGAUCGUCUUGAUGGCGGUCACGCUCCUCCCGGUGUGCCUCAUCCCGACGCUCAAGGAAGGUGCUGGCGCCGCCGCCGCCGGCUGCCUCGGCACGAUCUUUGCCGACGGCAUUGCCCUCACACUGCUCAUCACCAACAUGAACGACUCGAACGUCCAGAGCAUCUCGCCGCCGUCGCCCGAGCUCACGUUCGAGUCGGUCACGACCGUCUUUGGCAACUUGGCGCUUGCAUACGGCGCUGGCAUCAUCAUCCCGACGCUGACGCGCGAGCACAGCGAGCCUGCGCGCAUGCCCAAGCUCAUUUUGAUCACGAUGGGCGUCAUCUCGGCCUUCUUCCUCCUCGUGUCGAUCCUCGGCGUGUACCUCACCGGCUGCCAAACGCCCGGCAACCUCCUCUUCGCCGUCGCCAACUCGAACCUUGGCUUCUCGGCCAGCCGCGGCUUUGUCAUUCUGAGCUUCCUCUUCAUGCAGCUCCACGUCACGAUCGCGUUCUCGGUGGUCAUGUUCCCGGUCUUCCAGAUCCUCGAACGCGUCCUCUUUGGUAUGCAUGUCUACUACAUUGAAGAGCACGUGCUCGACAUUGAGACGCCGGCGCUCGAGUCGUUCAAGCCCGAGGAAAAGCCGCUUGAGCACAUUGACCCUGCCGAGGCCUACAAGGCGCCGGGUGCGUACAUGAAGGCGGCCAUUAUGCGCAUCUCGAUGGUCGCCAUCUGCUCGGUGGUCGCGGUCAUCUGGAAGGACCACUUGAACGCGCUCAUGGACUUUGUCGGCGCGUCGACGUCGUGCAUGGUGUGCAUGAUUCUGCCCAUCGUCUUUUACCUCAAGACGUUUUGGCCCACAGUCUCGGCGCCCGAGAAGGCGUUCGGCAUCAUCUGCAUUGUCAUCUCGAGCUUCCUCGCCGUGUACGUCUCGAUCAACACGGGCAAGGAGCUCUUCGCGCCGACGCACCCAGACCCGACGAUCCUCUUCCCGCUCUGCCCGGCCAAGUACCAAAAGGUCGUCUUCACCAACACGACGCACUACUCGGUCGCGCGUGCGCUCUUCGAGUACUAAGCCGCUGCAUUUUCGUUCCCCUUCCCCCUGUUUAGAGUCGUCGCAUAAUCAAAUUAACAAUUAACACUGAGCUUGUCCAGUCA